AGAUAUCAUUGUGAAAUUCUACAAUGGAAAAUAGUGAUCUUUCUGAUAUGGAGACGAAUGUAGAACCCCCUGUUGAAGCAGUAUUGCACAAGAAGUCGCAAAAAAUAAAGAAAAAACACGCUGCUUCACCUUCUGUCUCUAAAACGCCCAGAUCGAGAUCAGAAUCGCCGAUAAUUUUCUCAACGCCUUCCAAGUCUGUAACUUCGUUCUCUCAAUCAACAGACACUGCUGGUAGUUCGGAAGAUUCGACUGCAUGUCCCUCCGAGAAGAAAUUCAAGAAAGCGAAAAGGGAAUUCGAACAUGCCAAUAACGAAAGAAGUGGCAAAACAGGACCGUCUCAAACUGCGAUGUCAUCAGAAGACCCUAGGCUUUCCCGAGGGCAAUAUUUCGCCCCAGAUCCUUGUACUAUAGACAAGCCGGUUGAUAUUGAUGAUUCGUCGAUGGGAUCUGUGGAUGACGAUGACAGGUUUGUCAUCAGGUCUCAAUCGGAAGUUCUACAUGCAUCAGGAACGUCAGAUAGAGAAAGGGAGAAAGUGGACAAUUCGCUCGGAUCUGAAGGGAGAAAAGAUAGCAAAAUAGCGAAAAGAAAAAAGUUUUCAUCUGGAAAAUUUCCUCAAACACUAGUCUGCUGUCCAUUUAUCUCGACUCCCAUGUUUAAGCCAAGCUGGUGCGUUUUUCCGCCAAACUCCGACAACGAGAACCACUCGACUAAAGACUACAACUUAAUCCCAUAUCCCAAUUUUCGCAAAGAGUACAAAGCAAACGAAUGUCCACUUGUGUAUUUUGAUGAGGCAGCCUACUUGGAAGCAAAAAACGCUCAGCUGUCACCGAAAAAGAAAAUUGCUCUAGGAUCGUCUGAGGUUCGAGAAAACCGCAACGAAGAUUCAAUCAAAUCCAAAAGCAAGAUAAAUGAAAUCAAUUCCCAAAGAAAUCUACUCGAAGAAAACCAGAAAGUAGCUAAAGAAAACAGAAGCGAAAUUGAAAAUAAGAUUUCUCAAGGCAGAAGCGUAGAUGAUUUUUUUGACGAUGAGGACGAACAGAUUGAUGGAUUAUUUAAUGGCAACAAUGGAUUCGAAACCGAAACUGCUUACGGCAAUGGGUUUCAGACUAACUAUCCAGACAAUGACCAUCAGGGAAUCCAAGGAGGAACUAUGGGCUUUGAAAAUUUUGAAAAUCAGAUUGAAAGCCACAAAAUGGGUUUCAGCGGGUCAAUAGCCGAAGGGAAAAUUGCAGAGGCACAAGUUCAUGACAAAUAAGUGACGAUGACGAGGUCAUUGACUUUAUUGAUCUCGUAACUGGAGCUGAUGAGCAAUUUUACUGUGGGGAAGCAGACUUGAUCGGACUCUACUGCGAGCGAGUGACUCCUCCACGCGCUUUUUGUGAAGAGUACGAACUCCUUGGUUCUUUUCCCGUGGACCAAGAAAGUUCCGGAUUCCUCCAAAACCUUUCAAAAGACAGCGAAGUUUUGUGGAGUCACGUAUGCGAUUCUGAAGAUCCCGAAUUGUUUCUGCAAAUGACAAUUUUUAUAACUGGCAGUCAGAAAACACACGUUUUCAGACCUCAAAAAAACCUGAAGUCUCUGGGAAUCACAGAACACAAAAGAUUGUUUUCCUGUAUUUUGACUCAUAUUUAUAAAGUGAAAAACAAUCGCGAAUUCGUUUUCAAAAUGUUCCAGUUUUUAGAAAACAAAUUUGGAUACAGAAUUCCAUGCGCAGAGCAAAUUCGAUUUGAGAAAGCGAGAUUUAUGUUGGCAAACGAAAUAUUCGACGAAGAAUUGGUUCGAAGCUUAGACAUGCCUUACAGAAAAGAAUGCACGGUUUCCAAAACUACCGGCGAAUAUCAACACAUAACGAAUGAAAAACGAUUUUGGUCAACUAGGCUGAACGCUAUUAAAGGUGUUGUUAUUUACAUGUUUGUUAUUUCAACUUUACAAGUGAAAUCACUCUGGGAAUUAAAUUCUGAAACAGAUCUGAAUGAUUCGAAUGUUGACAUAGAAGCAAGUUCUCACUUGCUCGAAAUAUUCUUCAAAGAGGCUGAAAAUCACCCAGAAUUGAUAUUUUUUGAGGACUUCAGCAAAAAAGAUAGUGCAUACGAAUACAUUGCAGGAUUGUUGAGUGUUUACAGUGACUUGAAACGAUUCCAAUAUGAAACUUUUGAUGCUUUGGAGUUGGUGCGAAGAUUCAGCGAAGAAUCUCUUGGUAAAAUAGGAAAAAUAGAACAGCUUGUUUACGAUUUAGAGAACGACCGAACGAUUGAUAUUCAAUGAAAAUUGAUAGAAAUAUUUCCGAACUCUAUUACAAAAUAGUGCAAUACGACAGGCUUCAAUUUUGCAAAUUGUAUUGCAAAUUAUAGCAGUUGUGAAACAGUAUUGAAGCAUAAUUUCAGAUUAUUGCACGACGAUAAACUUUUUGACCGUGAGUCUUAAACUUUUAAACUACUUUAAAAUGAUGUAAUUUCGGUUGAAUAUCCACAAAAGGCACAAAUAUUUCAGCGGCAAACGUUUUUCUACCACCUGACAAAGUUUUGAUUCAUUCAAACAAUUUUUGAUGUGCUCGAUCUUUCUUCACAAAAAUCACUGCAAACUGUGAUAGUUGCUAACAAAUUUUGCGACUAUUCUGGUCAUUAAUUGU